AUGGUUCCCUUCAUCAUCGUCAUUAUCUGCAUCCAACUGACCACCGCUGAACAUAGCGGGGCUUACUCUUCCCCGCAGUAUGCGAAGAAAAUGUACCCGAAGACUUACGACAGCAGUGUUCUACUUCCAAAGGAAAAACCGGCAGCUUAUAAUGAAUAUAAUGAGACGAAUGAUACGCAGUAUCGUUCCUCGUUCAUGGAUUCCGCGGGCAGCUUCCUGUCGAGUACGGGAGGUCAGGUGAUGUCGAGUCUGGCCAAGGACUACCUGGCCAGGUCGACGGGCAGCAGCCAGGUACUGAGUUUAAACCUGACCAAUCUGGUGAUACUGAUCGUGUUGAAGGCGUUGGUUCUGGCGGCCGGUUUCUUCGGCGCCGGAGCUUGGAAAGGAGGGCAUCACUAUGGAAGAAGUUUAGACGACAACAAGAACGCCACCUACCUAAGCGAAGACGAGAUUAUGCUGUACCUGAGCUACCUGAUAGGCCACCAGACGCGCGACUACGGCUGCCUCUACCGCCUGUCCUGUCAAAAACCGCACCAGGCCUCCGUGUAUGCUGCUGGGGCUGAGCUGCUACUGCAGGGGACUAAGCUGUUCCAGGGGAACAGUAUAGACCUUCAGGAGUACGAGGACGUGUCCACCGGCAUCCGGCAUGCGGCCGCGCUCGGCGAACAGCACGAGAACUGCGAGAAACGAUUCCGAUGUGUUUGA